AUGGGCAAAGAACAGAUUGUUCAGCUCUUGGCUAGCUGGAAGUGGAAGGCACGGCCGCUUAGGCCUCUGAGGUCCACUGCUAUGGGCAAGUACUGGGAGAUUGGUGCAGAUCUUCAACCAGAUUCUUUGCUGCAGAGCACUGAUCAUGGCGAUGUGACUAUCUCCCAGAAGACCAAGCCGCAAGCCAAAACUCAGCAAGCAAAGAUGAUGUUUGCGUCUGCGAGGACCACUUCUGUGAUGCGUGGCAAGGCUUCCUCUAAGUCAGACUCAGCUGGUGAUCCAUGGCAGGAAGGUCAUGAUCCUUGGGCGGCUUGGAAAACUCCUGGUGGGCCGAGCUUGCAGAAGAAGAUUUUCCCGGAUGCAGCUGAUCAGGGAGGAGGCGAGACCAGAAUGAAGUAUAGCUGCCUCCAGCAGCAGGUUGAUGAGCUCAAGCAGAUGGUCGGCAAUGAUGUGGUGAUGGACCAUGCUGCUGAUUCCAGCAAUGCUAGUGCUACUCAGGAGCUUCAAGCGCAGCAUGUGAAGUUCAAUGCCUGGUUUCAAGAAGUUGGCAACAAGGUUGGCUCCUUGGAGGGUAAGCUUGAGAAGCAGGACGCGCAGUUGCAGGAGGUGCGGCUGGCAGUCAACGAGCAGGCUGCUGCAUCUUCUUCCCUACAGAAGCAACUUUCAGGUAUCCAGACGGCCGUGCGAGCGGAUAUCGACCAUGCAAUCAACCAGCAAACAAGCCGUCUUGAGGCAUUGCUGGAAAAAAGAGCAAAGACGAGCUGA